UGUGAAUGUGAAUGUGAUGUCAAAGAAGACCAAAACAAGAAUCGAAAGCUUUCUCUUCAAAGGGAGAGGGAACAAGAAUCUCUCUCAAGUACGAGCGAAAUGAAGAAGGAAGACACUGUCAAAUUGAUCAGCGCUGAGGGUUUCGAGUUCGUGAUUCACAAGGAUGCUGCCAUGGUUUCUCAAACGAUUCGAAAUAUGCUUACUUCCCCAGGAAAUUUUGCUGAAUCGCAGCAUAGAGAAGUGACUUUUCCUGAGAUUAGUACCACCAUUCUCGAGAAAAUUUGCCAAUAUUUUCACUGGAAUCUUCAAUUCGCCAGCGGGAAAGAGACUGAGUUCCCUAUUGAACCUGAAUUGACUCUUGAGUUGAUGAUGGCUGCCAACUAUCUCCAUACAUGAAAUAUGUAGCCUCUAUGCACUCUUCCACCCAUUUGACAUUGUAAUCAGGGAUGAUCUAAAAUUUGGAUUCAAAAUGCCAAAUGACUUGAAUAAAAAGAAAUUGAAUGACAUUUUGUUGACCAAAUUUGGGUGAAACUAUCAAGAUAAACUUGUGCAUGAGGAAAGCUGUAUCUUGUUCUUAUUGAAUGUCCGUUUGUGAACACGAUUGAACACGAUAUCACUGAAGAACGGAAUGGGAGAGGAUUGUUGAUUUCGGAUAGAUUUGAAUAAUGGAACGGAGGAGGGUCAUCAAUCUCGAUCAUAUAAGAAGAGGAACUUUGAUUUCAGCCAGAUGUGAUCGAGGAAUAGAAGAACAGAUGAUAGUCGUCGAAAUCAUGGAAUGCAGAUCACAUUUCAUCAUUUCAUCAAAGAAUAAUAAAGAAAUCAAGUUGGAGUUAGAGAAGAAAAGGAAAUCACACUGAAGAAGAAGAAAAGAGAGAAAUGACAAAUUUAUAACUUCACUCGUCGAUAACGUCUCAUGUGUUAUUUUUCUAAAAGAAAAACUAGACCCAUUGUCAUUUUAGCCCAAAAACAGGCCCUGAAAUAGAUUUAAAGAAAGAAAGAAAGAAAGAAAAA